UUUCCUGUGACAUUGCUGAAACGGAAGUUGUUAUUAUCAAACUUGUGUUUCAUUGUCGGGGACGCCCACUAGCCCACGCCAGUACCGCCAGGACCCGGUGCUCCCCCAGGACCCUCCAGGAACCCCGGGACACUGGCAGCCAUGUACCGGCGGCCGCUGCAAUCAGGCGUCCGGAGCAUCGUCACCGCGGCCACGGCGGGAGCCGCGGGCCGGCAGGUGCUGAGCACAGAAACUCGCCUGUCCAGACUUCUGCUCGACAGAAGCUCGCGAGCGCCAUGUCGCCCUCUGCAUAUCACAACACAGCUUGCUAACGUAAAAGAGACACAGGUGCAUUCGGCUGAAGAGGUUGGGGCCUUCACUAAACUCAUUGAGGCCAUGGGCUUCACGGGCCCCCUCAAGUACAACAAAUGGAAGAUCAAGAUUGCAGCGCUGCGCAUGUACACAUGCUGCGUGGAGAGAGUCAACUAUGAGGAGUUCUUUGAUCAGUGUAAACUUCCUGACACUCUCAACUCCUGGUUUCUUGUUGCACAACUGCACGUCUGGAUGUGUCUGGUGAGGAUGCGACAGGAAGGACGAGCAGGGAAGUACAUGUGUCGCUAUGUGGUUCACUCCAUGUGGGAGGAUGUGGAGCAGCGCAGCAAGAUCAUGGGGAUCGACGCUGUGCACAGAAAGGAAGCGCUGAAAGCCAUGACGGAGACCUUCUACGCUGCAAUCUUCGGAUAUGAUGAGGGAAUCUUGUCGGAUGACUGUGUCCUCGCUGCCGCUCUGUGGAGGAACCUGUUCAACUGCCAGUGUUCUGACCCGCAGCAGCUCGAGCUGAUGGUCCAGUACGUUCGGAAACAGAUGCAGUUCAUUGAUGCGUUGGACGGUGAGGACCUGCUGCUGACUGGAGAGGUCAAGUGGCGCCCCCUCCUGGAAGAAAACGCACAGAGCAUCCUGAAGGUGUCAACACCCACGUACAAUGACGCCGGACUGUAACCUCACUUCCCGUUUCCCUGCUGCCUCCUCCUGUUGUCGGGACGUCCUGCUAUUGUCUCCUCACUCCGUAUAGUAAAUAAAAGUUAUUUUUUCAGAUUUUAAAAGAAAAAUGAUCCAGUCUGAGGUGGAGAGCAUAUUUAUGUUUGCUGCUUGUCUCAGGCUCCAGCCGGAUUCCAAGAAGUGGAUCCUCACUGUAUUUUUAAAAGUAAUAAAAUGCCAUGGACGAGA